AAGACCAGUUUAAAACAAUUGAUGAAGUGGAGAAUUACCAAAUUCCCCCUAAUCUCUGUCUCCCCCUCCCUCACGGCCUCACCUCUUCUCCCUCCAAAUUCUCCAUCCCCGGAUCCCCCUCUCCUCCUCCUCCUCCGCCGCUCGUCGGAGCCGGAGGCGCGGCGGCCUUCUCCCGCGCCCUUCGUCUCCUCACACCCGCGGCGGCCGGCGAGAAGGCCCAGAGGCAAAGGCGUGAAGCGGCCUCCUCCCCCGGCGCGGCACCCUCGGACGCACGGCGGCCGGUGAGCAGGAGCAGGUUCGGAGGGGGCGACGCGGCCGGGCUCCUUCCACCGGCCAGCAUCCUGGCUCGAGUCGAAUUUUGAAGGAAGCAUGAAGGUUGAUGAUGGUCCUGGCGUCAAUGGCAGUAGGUGGGCCAAAAUGAUGAGCACAGAUUCGUGGAGGUGGUGUUUAGGAUUGAUUUACAUUGUUGCUGUUGCGAGUAUAUGGAUUGCUGCAAGCUACAUUGUUCAGUCUGUUGUGGAUGAGGGUGUUUCUCCAUUCUUGAUUACCUACAUAUGCAAUUCUCUAUUUGUUAUUUACAUCCCAAUAGUUGAGGCUGCACGAUACUUUGAGGAUUCUAUCAACAACUUUUGGACAAAGUUGAAAGGCAAGGAUGUUGCGGACCUGGAGCAGUCUGCUGAUCUGGAGAGCAUAAAUCUUCUCCAUGGAAGUGAACAAGAGGGCAAUACAGCCUCACCAACAAGGUUGCCUGAAGACAUAUUGGCUUCAGAAGCAGUCUUCCCUGUCCAGGCCGAGCUGAAUGUAGCAGAUGGCAGCAAAGGGUUGGAUGCAAAAGGGCGCUGGACACGUGCUCGUGUGGCUAGAGUCAGCAUGGUAGUCUGCCCUUUCUGGUUUCUCGCUCAGCUUACAUUCAACCUGUCUCUAAGAUACACCACUGUUACAUCAAAUACGAUAUUGAGCAGCACGUCUAGCCUCUUCACUUUCUUGGUUGCACUAGUAUUUCUUGGAGAAACAUUCACGUGGUUGAAACUAAUCAGUGUACUUCUCUGCAUGGGAGGAACGAUAAUUGUUAGCCUAGCUGAUUCAGGUAGUACAGCGAAUACCAUUGCCACAAAUCCUCUACUUGGAGAUGUCCUUUCUAUUGUUUCAGCUGGAUUGUAUGCUGUGUAUAUCACCUUGAUACGGAAAAAGCUGCCUGAUGAGAAAGAAGGUCAAGGCGAAGUGAGCAUGGCUCAGUUUCUUGGAUUCCUUGGACUGUUUAACAUGUUAUUUUUCUUUCCUUUUGCAUUGUUCUUGAAUUUCACCAAGCUGGAGCCAUUCCACAGGCUGACAUGGGAGCAAGUUGGUCUUAUUGUUGGAAAAGGUUUGUUAGAUAAUGUUUUGAGUGACUACUUGUGGGCAAAAGCAAUCCUUCUCACAACAACAACAGUAGCCACGGCUGGUCUCACGAUCCAAGUUCCAAUUGCUGCCAUUGUGGAUACACUAACAGGUCAUGCUCCUCAUCUAUUGGACUACAUCGGAGCUGCUGCUGUGUUGGUCGGUUUUGCUGGCAUCAACAUACCUGUAGGCACUCCACAGGGUUCUCAGCAAGAGCAGGAAACUCCUAUCGUCAGUAUGGUUGAUGAUCCAGUCCAUUUACCAAGUGAUAGAAAUGCUACUAGCAUGGUUGAUGAUCCAGUCUAUUUACCAAGUGAUAGAAAUGCUACUGGUGCUGUUCAAUAAGGACCGGCUUGGCUUUGGAGUUUGUCACAAUGUAUAUUUUUUUCGAGGAAAAUUUUCAUAAUGUAUAUUAUCAAGUAAUGUAUAAGGAUGCGAGAUCAGUACAGUUACUGUAAUUGUUCCCCCUUGCCAUGAAAAUCAUAGAGAAGGGGAUAGACAGGGAUUGAAAUUAGAUUAACAUGCUUUCCUUGCUCAUAAUUUUGAGCAACUAGCCAGUUGUGUUCGUUUUUGAGUUAAGCAUGAUUAUGAAAACAUUCAAGAGAUUGAAUAGAACAUGUGUGUACUAAACAUUCAAACCA